ACUGCUGCCCUGUAGAUGUCUCUCUUUCCAGCCUUGAUAGAACCGGGAACAGAGGACAAUCAUUCAAAGCUGUGACGUCGCCUGGGUGACAAUUUGCCUACUUGGAGUGGGGAUGAGUUUGGAGCGGUUUCUGUGAAAUGCCUUACCAUGAUGUUGCCUGAAUGAUAACGCAAUCGGCUGAGUGAGGACGUAACAGGCCGCUAAGACUUAUAGACACACUGAAGGGAAAGCAGGUGGGAUAGAACACACCUCAUGCGUGGGCUCAGAGAGGGUCCGAGGCUGUACGGAUCAUCUGACUAACAUGGGUGUUCUCCAGCUCCACAACCCCACCCUCCCCGCCACGCUCCUGCACAGGGCCAAUCAUAUGCGUCUAUCGGGAACGCUGUGUGACGUCAUCAUCACGGUGGAUGGCCAGGAGUUCCCGGCCCACCGCACCGUCCUGGCCUGCACCAGCAAGAUGUUUGAGAUCUUGUUCCACCGCAGCAGCCUGCGCUAUGCCCUCGACUUCCUCUCCCCCAAGACCUUCCAGCAGAUCCUGGAGUACGCCUACACGGCCUCCCUGCAGGCCACGGCCGAGGACCUGGAUGACCUGCUGUACGCCGCUGAGAUCCUGGAGAUAGAGUACCUGGAGGAGCAGUGCCUCAAGGUCCUGGAGACCAUCCAGUCAGAGGAGAAGCAGGACCACCUGAGUCUGAGUGGGAGGAACCACGGGUCUGGAGAGAGCGAACAUGGCAGGGCAAGGCACUGGAGGAACAUGCUAAUCUCCAAGAAGCAUUCCAUGCAGGAGGGUGGUAUCAACCCCACCGCCCUGCACCACCUGGCACUGUACCACAUGACUGACAGGAGUCCCUCUAUACCAGGGGGACUACCUAUGGGGCUCCCUGUAGCUAGUCCCACACAAGAUGGAGGGGUUAGUCUGGAGGGCCUGGGUCAGUCUCCACUACAGUACAGCCUCAAUGGAGCACAGCACCCCUCCCUGCCUCUGACUAAGAGGAUAAAGACAGAGGACAAUAACAUGCAGGUGGAUGAAGUCAAUAGCUACGAGGGCCGUUCCUCCAGCAGAGGGGAGGGAGGCUUUGAAUCGGACCAGCCCAGAGAUGAGGGCCCGGGGACCCCCCAAAGAGGCAGUGUCAUCACCUCGGCUAGAGAGCAGCACUCGGGCCAAGAGGAGGGGGGCAUAGUGGGGAACAACUCUCCUCUGGACAGUUUCCCUGGGCUGGCUGAGAAACACCUGGCCUCCCUCUACUCCUCCAUGCCCUCCAAUCACAUAGGGGAGGUGGGGUUGCCUAUGCCCAUGUCGGUGGCCCCUUCCCUGGCCAUGUCCCUGGACCUGAGGGCCUACGGGGGACUGCUACCCCAAGGUCUGCUCCACAGGGAGAUCCUCAGCAGGCUGGGCCAGUUUGCAGCAGGGAUGAGGCGGGAGAGUCAGAGUCAGAGUCAGAGCUGUGGGGACUGUGGUCUCCAGCUGCAUAACAGAGAGGCCAUGGAGCAACACAGGAAGCUGCACAGUGGAGGCGAGAAGGGACACGGCUGUGAGUUCUGUGGCAAACGCUUCAUAGACAGUGUACGGCUCAGGAUGCACAUGCUCUCUCACUCAGCUGGAGCUGAGGCCCUGGUGUGUGAUCAGUGUGGAGCUACAUUCUCUGCUGAAGACGCUCUGGAGGCCCACAGACAAACACACACAGGGACAGACAUGGCAGUGUUCUGUCUGCUGUGUGCCAAGCGAUUCCAGACCCAGAAGGCUCUGCAGCAGCACAUGGAGGUUCAUGCAGGGAUGCACAGCUACGUCUGCAGCCACUGUGACCACACCUUCCCCAGCCACACCACCCUCAAACGCCACCUGCGCUCACACACAGGUGACCACCCGUUUGAGUGUGAGUUCUGUGGGAGCUGUUUCCGGGACGAUGGCAUGUUGAGGGGACACAAACGUAUCCACACGGGAGAGAAGCCUUACGAGUGUAACGGCUGUGGCAAAAGGUUCAGCCUCAAGCACCAGCUGGAGACCCACUACCGCGUACACACAGGUGAGAAGCCAUUUGAGUGCAAGAUCUGUCACCAGCGAUCUAGGGACUACUCUGCCAUGAUCAAGCACCUGCGCACCCACAACGGAGCGUCGCCCUACCAGUGUACCAUCUGCCAGGACUUCUGCCCCAGCCUGGCAGCCAUGCAGAAACACAUGAAGAGCCACAGACCCGAGGAUGUGCCCCUGGACUGGAGGAUAGAGAAGACCUACCUGUAUGUAUGCUACGUCUGAGUAGGACUUAGACACUAAGACACACUAUCCUCUGUGUGGGCAGGUUUUUCAUCUUAUUAUUUCCUCUAAAGAAAAGUAAGUUGAUAAUUUCUGUGGUUUGAUUGCUUUUAUCACGAAUUGCCACAAUGAUCUGUCAUUACAUUAAACCUCCAUAUGUGUUGAAGGCUGAAAGACUACUGGUCAGGUUACCACAGCAGUGAAAGUGUUAUCUGUUAUUACAUUAAACCUGCGUGUGUGUUGAAGACUGAAAGACUACUGGUCAGGUUACCACAGCAGUGAAAGUGUUAUCUGUUAUUACAUUAAACCUCCACAUGUGUUUGAGGCUGAAAGACUACUGGUCAGGUUACCACAGCAGUGAAAGUGUUGCACUAGAAGGGAUAUUGAGUUCUAUCUGCUGUGACUCUGAUUGUGAGACGUAGAACCUCUCUGGUCUAAUUGCAGUACUAUUGCCACCCUUACUACGUAGAUUGGUUGAGACAAACAAACGUUUCCUGGGUUAUUAUUUCCUGUCACAUUUCCUGUUAUUGAUUUUUUGGGGUGUUUGUUUUUUGCAUGUUUUACUUGAAUGGUCUCCAUAAGCUUGAUUUAAUUUGUGUCUUAUUUUUCCAGUGCGCAUAUUAAGCAUAUAAUUUCCCCUACCUGUCAGUUAGUCUAUCUGCUCAUGCUGAUUGACAAGCAUUAAGGUGUAACAGGUUUUGCUAUUUAUGUCAUGCAUCGAUUUUGUUACCAAAUAGGUGUUGGUUAUUUUUACCCAACCUCAAGGCCGUUUAUUUUGAUAUUAGAAUAAGCGCUACCUCUUCGAUCUUCAACUUUUGCACAGAGGCAAUAGCACAUCUUAGAACUAGUGUUUUUCAUUGUGUUCUCGUCCAUCAUCUGUAGCUUUACCUUCAAAUGUCCUUUUAUAUUGGUGAAGCGGCUUGAAAUGUUCUGAGAAUUAAUCAAUGGAAUUGAUUUGGACGGUUGCCUGUUGGGUAGAAAAAAAGAUUUGAAAGCCUUCAAAGUGACUUUUGUGUGAAUAAUUUUUUUAUCAGUAGAAUUAUAGCAGUCUGUUAAACCACAGAAUUAAAACAUUUUCUAAGUGAUGAAAAGAAAGAACAUGUGAGUAAAAGUGUUGUCUUUUUACUAAACGUGAAAGGUUGAAUCACUAAAAGCAGGUUAUCGUCAGUUGUGAUGUCUGUUGCUGUAAAUGUGAUUGUAUCUUAUUCCUAGACGAGAGCCAAAAGAGGGCUUCUCUGAUUUUAAAAUGUUGUAUUUUUGUAUUACAGUGAUCUGCAAUUUGUUUACAUUUGUUUUGAUUUCAGAAACUUCUUUUCUUGUGUGUUUUGUAAGUCUCUGGAGUCUGAUUUGAGUAAGAGCCCUCCCUGUGCCUCUUUUAUAAAUGGAGAAUAGAUGUGCUGAAUACAUGAACACAGUAUAUGUUUGUUGUGUUGACCGUUGUUGUUCCUGGGUGUUUGUGUAUUGUUGGUGAAGAACUGAUUUUCACUGCCAUGCCAUAGGAGACCCUAUUGUCUAAACAUUGUCAUUUGAAACAAGAUACUUGUUCUAAUGACUAUGGUAUUAUGCCCCAGGCACCUCAAGCCUCAAAGCAAAGUUUACGAGUGAGAUUUUCUUUCAAAAUGUUCUGUCUUGUCGAAUGGGGAUAAAAUGCACAGAAGACACAGAAUACAUAGUGGUAUUGUUAAUAACCUUUAUAAAGCUACAUGUUCAGAAUAUAUGGGUCUAUGUAACACUAUGGCCUUCUAGAACAAAAAGCCAACACUCAAUGCCAUGAAAACAAUUAAAAGCACCGACUCAUCCUCACUGUACUACUGUUCUAUUCUACAAACACAUGCACUAUAAGGAUCUUAGGAUUUCCGUGGUGGACCAAAACUAACAAAGCUCUUUCAAAAAAGUGUUUUCUUUGAUCGUUCUAUGUUGUAACAAAGCAGAAGUAGUUUUAUUUGGUAUGUGUACUAGCAGGAUGUGAUGAUCAUCAUCUAGGUAGAUAUUAUGUAAAUGUUUGUCUACCUCAGCACCAGUUCAGUCAGUGCUUGUCCUGGUGUCCAAUCAGGGUUGUUCUUCUUGCCAUGUGUGUUAAAUCCCUUUGCAUUACAGCUUUGUAACACUGUGUGUGCAAGUGUUUUCUCAGUGUGGAUUCAGGCACAACUCUUUUUACGCAUCAGUGUUCUGUGGCAUGAUGAAAAAAGAAUAAAAUAGAAACUAUUUUACAGUGCAGAUCUUUAUUGUGUCAUCAGUCAAGUAAAGUGAGUUCUUACUGUCUGGUUUUGGUGCAUACUAUUCACAUGCACUACAGGAAUAUGUUCCAUGUUUGAAGAUGUUAUAAAAGAUCAAAAUGCUAAUUGUGUGUAGUUCUGUUCUUGAGCUGUUCUUGUCUAUUAUUGUUCUGUAUUGUGUCAUGUUUUGUGUGGACCACAAGAAGAGCAGCUGCUGCUUUCGCAACAGCUAAUGGGGAUCCUAAUAAAAUACCAAAAAGAUCCAUGAAGGUUAUGUCAAUAAUAAUACAUUCUAUUUGCACCUUUCAAAAUAAAGUAGCAAAAAUAAACAUGACAAUAAAAAAGGGUUGUGUUUUCCUGUCUCACUGUAGCAUGCGGCUGAAGUCAUGACAGGCGGUUUGGUGACCCUUAGUGGCACAAAGCCAGACUAACAGCUGGGUGGGUUUGACUAGCUGCUACAGAUGAGGGAAGGGAUAAGUCGCUGCCUCCCUGCCCUCCCUCCCUCUGCUCUACCACACACACUGUUGUGUCCAACACUAAGCAGAAUGGCAGCCAUACAGUAACUGAAUCCAGUCAAUAACAAGAGGGAAUUCUUCAUCACAGGUGUUGGUGACUGGUCUAUGGUCCACAGAGAGGGAUUCCAUCCAUGCUCUCCUCGGUGAUCUCCAACAGCUGUGCUCUCUAUAGGGACUAUGGAAACUACGGACCUCCCCCGUACCCCAGGAAGAACAUCAUACCCAGAGCUUCACUUCAACACAACCCAUAUAACCCAUACAGGCCAUACCUGAGAAGGGUGGAUACGAGAGUAUCUUUAGCCGAUCCCAAGAAAAUCUCCAGGGCCACCAGUAGGGGUCAGUAUGUCACCAUGCCUGUUUGCCAUCCAAGGCUACAUUUCUCUCCGAGACUGCGGCUAGGCAAUGGGGCAGCCCCGGGCCAACACCAGACAAAGCCCACUGCCGGUCAGUCAGAGACUCAUCCAAUCACAGCACAAAGCAAGGCAGACCAGGAGUGCUGGGAGCUGCUCCAGUUAUGAUACAAAGUCCUGGACUGAGAAAGGCUCUAGUAAACCUGAUAAAGGGAAGAAAACACCGUACAAGGUCACAUCUUCUUCUCCAAGAGUACAGGAGACAUAAGCCACAAGAGUUCCAGUUCUAAUGGUCGCCAGCAAUAUCGCUACUUCACCAAGGAUGGAAUGUGUCGCGGCUCGUCAUACGGCUCCAAGAACAAGAUGUGUGACCUGAUCGGCACCCUGUUGGAUCUGAAGUACAGCUGGAUCCUGUUUGUCUUUACCCUGUGCUACAAUGUCACCUGGACAACAUUCACAGAGCUCUACUUCCUGGAUGCCUGGCUGCGUGGUGAUGUGGAACACAUACAAUGUGUUCCACAUACAAACCCGCAAUGGCAGCCAUGCUUUGAGAAGCUGGACAGUUUCCAUUCGGCCCUCUCUAUCUCCAUGGACAGCCAAAUCAUCAAUGGCUACGGCACUAGAGAGGCCUCAGUCAACUGCAUGGACGGGCUGGUUCUCAUGAUGGCACAGUCCAUCAUUGAAUCAGUGUUAGACGUCCUGAUGCUGGGCUACAUCCUGGCUAAGAUAGCCAAGUCUAAGAGGAGGCUGCCCACUUUGUUGUUCAGUCAGCACUGUGUUGUCUGAGAGGGAUGAGAGCCUGUGCCUGAUGUUCAACGUCAGGACUUUGAAAGAGACACACAUGCUGGUGGCAGAGAUUAGAGCCAAGCUGAUCAAAUCUCACCAUACCAAAGAGGGAGAGUUCAUCCUGUUGGAUCAGAGAGAGCUGACUCUGCGGAUGGAACCAGAUGGAGCCAGGUUGUUCACAGUGCAGCCCCAGACCAUGGAGCAUGUCAUUGAUGAACACAGGCCUCUCUGGGGCAUCAGCACUGACUCUUUAAAGUGGGAGACCUUUGAAAACCGUGGUCAUGGUGGAUGGAGCCAUGCAAGACGCAGGUUUGUACUGAGAGGCACAGCCUUCCAUGUGAGGACCUCCUACACUGAAUAUGAUAUUCUUUGGGGACAGCGCUUUAAGUCAUACAAGCCAUUAGAUGAGAGGGGGAUUGGGUCCAAUCACAAGACCUCUGAUAAGAACUAUAAGGUCCAGACUGCCACACACAGUGACAAAGAGAUGGCAGUGAGACAUAGACAUACGAGAUCUCCUGGACACGACACAGACCCUGUCCCCCUCCAACAUGUCUACAAGGAAAGUACAUUACCAGUAUGUAUCUGAUCAAAUGUUACUGUGCAACUCAGUCAGUAAUACCUAUGGCACAGGAACUAGGAAACUUAGUAAGAAUGAGUUCUUUAUAUAAAUAUGGACGUUUGACAAGUCGGCAUAGAAGGGUUCAUCAAAGUGAUGAAAUCAAGACACACUGUACAUAUCCUCCAGAAUGUUUAUACAAUGUGAAUAAA